AUGCGGGACAUCGAAUCACCUCUAUCUAAAUUUCACGUUGAACAGGAAUCCAUUCACGGUACACUGAUUCAACUGGAACGUGGCAGUGAGUACCCAUCGGUACGCGUGCCGAUUGGACUCGUCAUAUUGGAUCAAUACUAUACUAUCAUGGCCAUUGCUCAAGAGCCUGGCAUCGACGACCCCUCCACGUCGUCCGAGGUCGCGGGUAAUAAUUCAGAUCGCCCGCACAUUCAGCUGCCUAAAAUCCAAUUACCGAAAUUUGACGCUUACACCGUUCGUUGGAUUGCUUUCCGUGACAUUUACAAGUCAUUAGUCCACGACAAUGGCAGUUUGUCUAACGUCGAAAAAUACCAUUACCUCUUGUCCGCCGUAAGCGGUAAUGCUGGCGCCGUGUUGCGCUUCGUUGUCGGAUUCCAACUACGGGGUAAUAUGGAAGGCACUAAACGAAAAUGUCGACGACCCACGUUUAAUUAUGAAUUGCCACUUGGACAGGUUGCUCAGUUUUCCCCCAUUACGUUCGUCAUCACUGGACGAUUCAAAACGGUUUCUCGACACCUUUCGAGAGAAUAUCGCCGCGCUCAACGGUUUCCAAAUACUGGAUCCCGGAGGGUUUUUUGUUGUUUUACAUCGCGUCACGCGUGUUGGAUUCCAAUACUAAAUGUCUGUUUGAGUCACAACACACUUAGACCACGAGUACCUACUCAAGUAUGUCCAGAAACGAUGUCAAGUCCUGCAAAAUAGUGCGGUUUCGUCCACUCAAUUGCCAUCGCUUAUGGGCAAACCUUAUACAAGAAAAAAAAGGCCACCUAGAACUCGAGCGUCUCUGGUAACUAAUGCAACAGCACCAACAAUUUGCAAUAGUGUUCACCCGUUGUACCGAUGUGACCGGUUCUCUCAACAACAGAUAACAGCAAGAGUCAAAACGAUCCACACCUAUCGUUUAUGUAGAAAUUGUUUGAGCUCGGCCACAAUGCUUCCGAGUGUAGCUCCAAACAUCUGUGCCGGCACUGUUCGGCCAAACAUCAUUCGAUGAUCCAUUUCGACACUAACAAAUCAAAUGAGACGGGAUCUUCUGGUUCGAGUCUGAGCACCAGUUCUUCGUCAUCAUCGCCAAAGUCGUCACCCGAUUCUACCUCUUCCGUGUUCGUGGGCACAGCUAUCAGCUCUAAUUUGACCAUCUUAAGAACAGCCUGCUUCCGGAUCCGUAGUCAAUGUGGGCAAUGGAUUUCGUGUCGAGAACUCGUCGAUUCAGGAUCUCAGGUAUCCGCAAUCACUCAUCAGUGUGCUUCCACACUUGAGCUGCCCCGACGGCAAGCUCCAUCGAGGUCGCUGGAUUGUCGCAAAUGCCAGUGUCAAAGAUUAAAAGAGUGA